GAUAUAAACAAACUCCCCCAACAAAGAAGACAUCUCAACAAAAAACAGGUGUUCAAAAGCAUCCAGCCUUGAAAAUCGCCUAUGAUUUUUCGCUGAGCUGACUUAUUGUGUCAGAGAAAUAGAAGCAUGGAUGGGUUCAAGAACUUCAAGAAGCUGGACGAUGAUCUGCAGCGGGUCAUCGAGAAGGAGGAAACCAGCAGCUCCAUGACAAGCGAAUCAGAUGAAACAAAACACGCCAUGAUGGACCAUCGUCAACAUCUAAAGCAUCUGCUUCAUACAAACAAAUUUCAGAUAUCUGUUGUGAUUCUGGUGAUCUUGGACUGCAUCAUCGUGAUCGCAGAAUUACUCAUAGAUUUGAAGGUGUUUGAGACUGGAGGUGAGGAGAGCAUCCAUGAAAGUCUCGCACCGCACAUUCUCCAUUACAUCAGUAUUGCCAUUUUGAGUAUCUUCCUUGUGGAACUUGGCAUAAAAAUAUAUGCGUUUAGACUGGAGUUCUUUAAAAGUAAAAUGGAAGUGUUUGACGGAAUCGUGGUUGUGUUGUCUUUUGCUUUGGAUAUUGCAUUUGCAAAUGAGGAAGGGAUCAUUUCAGGACUUGGACUUUUUAUUGUGCUGCGUUUGUGGAGAGUGACACGAAUACUGAAUGGCAUUGUAAUAUCAGUAAAGGUGCAAGCAGAGAAAAAACUGGCUCGUGAACGCUGUUCAAGGCAAGCGGUUGAACAGGAGUUGUCCAAGUUUAGGGAGUAUUGUUCAGCACAGGAGAGAGAAAUUGAGAUUUUGCAAGGUCUUCUAAAAAAACAUGGCAUCGAGUUUCAAAAAAUGGAAAAGCCAGUUGUGAUCAACAAAAUUGAUGUGGUGGCAGAAGUCAAUGAGUUUAUUGAAAAAACAAACAAUGAAAACUUUAGUAGUGCUUGAGUUAUCUUCUCGAUGACAUAAGACAAUGAACAAUUUUUGAAUCAACUUCAGAAAAAUCAUGGAUGCAUUUUUUAUGGAAAUUUGUGCUUUUAUUCUGCCAAUUUUGAUGAAAAUUGUAUAUCAACAUACAUGUGGUUUCUGUUAAAUGCUCAGAAUGAUAUGAUUGUCAGUGUUUCAAAAAUGCUGAUGGUAUCUUAGUCUGAAGGUUGCGUCAACCUCAAAACAUACCAUGGACCCUUCGAAAUACACUCAAUUUUAUCGAGGACAUGAUGGAAAGAGAUUGCUUACAUGUAGGCUAACGUUAUUACUAAUGUAUUUUUUUGAAGAGUUUCAUUGCAAAACACGAUCCAUCCAAUUUUGCUUUUUGAGAGAAAUUUCUUCAAGUUAGAAAUUUUAAAUUGAAAAUGCAUUGGACUUAAGUAAUCCUUAUUCUGUUGGCCUGAUUGCUCUGAAAUAAGGAAGACAGUGAAAAAACUAAAUAAUAUGUACUGGUAUGGUUAAUUUUGUGAUUAAUGUUUUCAUUUAUAUAAAGUUGUUGCCAUACAUGUCUACACACUUCUGAUGCAAAUUCUUAUAAAGAGUUUGAAAUCAGUGAAGCAUUGUGGUCUAUAGUUCAUUUAUAACAGCGCUCAUUAUUUUAGGCAGAUCAACCAAAAAAGUUUUGUGCUAAGCUUGAUAUAUUUGAUACGUUUUUGUUCAAAAGCUCCACAUGCGCACAGGUUUACCUUUGUCACUCCUGUAUUGGUAGUGCUAUUCAAUAAUACAUGUAUUACUAUAUGUAUUGUAAAGUUGUAGAUAAUUUUUGUAAACAAUUAUUACAAUACGACUGAUAAGUAGAUUGUCAAUGUACAAUGUACUUUGUUAAUUCUGUUCUGGUCAGUUCAGGAUGUUGACACUGAUUCCUGAUAACUGUCUUCAAUUUAGGACGACUUUGUUAUCAAUGGAGGACAGGUUUGUUAUCAGAAGUCCGAAAUCCUUAACUACAUGACAAGAAUAGCUUUAACUAAAUUGGUUCAUAGACAACCAUCAUUUCUAAUGUGUUCUUGAUAAAAAAUCCUUGUGAAUAAAUACUCCCAUAUGAUAGGGGUCUUGAGAAUUGAAGGGGGGGGGAUUGUGAGGAAUUCCUAGACAGGUACAUGUAUUCAUGUAAAUAGAGGGGUUUAUAUAAAAUUUGGUAACAUCUUCAUUGGCUUUUGCUGCGAUGUUUGACUUCGAGGUAUGGAAUUAGUGAUCCUUGAUGUUAUUCAGCAAAUUACAGGGAUUACCUCCAACCAAGUAUUAGAACAUCAUUUAGUUAGAUUUACUAAAUAGUAUUCAAUCAAACUAUAUGCUCAAAACUUUAUAAGUAUUCUCCAUAUUCAAUGUUGUUAUUUGAUGAACCAGCCAAAGUUAUAGAACCUUUUGAAAUUGUGUCACUGAUUACUGCAUUGGAUUUGCAGAGUAACCAAUUUUUGACGAAUUCACAAGCUAAGACGAAAGGUGUUAAAGGCCUUAUUUCACUUGUGUCCCCAAAGGGUAUUUGGUAAUUCAAACAGUGCUGCGGUGAUCACAGCAGGGAAGUGCUUCAGUGGAAUGAGACCUUGAAAAUAUUGGUUUUUCAUUCCUUGCACAUUUUCAAUUGGGGUAUAUCAGGAGGAAAUUAUUCCAUCCCCGAAUCUCAAAUUUUUUUGUUUCAUAAGGAGAUCUUAACACCCUCUUGAAUAAUUUGAAGUUUUAUGAAAAAAAAUUUACAGUGACAUAAGGUGGAAAAAAUUAAAAUGGUAGUGUAAAUAUUCAAAUAUGGUGCAUAUGGUGUUGUUGAUGUCGAUGGAGGGGAAUAUCAAAUUCUUAAAAUGCUUGGGCAUUUUUUACCAAGAUAAAAGUAAUUUGUACAGAUUACCAUUUAUAUUGUAAAAAUAAAUUUUGCAUAAA